AAUGUAACUUAUGAUGAAAGCAAACUGAAAAGUUCAGAUCUUUCUAAAUUGUAAAUUUGAAUGUCUACCAAAGCUAGUAGUAGUGAUGGUAAAAUAUAAAUUAAUAUCCAGUAUCAAUUUUUUCUAUAUAUUAUAUCCCUUUAUAUUCAAAGAUGACACUUCUGAGUUAGAGAAGGCCAUCUCUGACUUCCUGUGCCUUCUGCAGUUUAGCCAUCAUUCACAGAACUCAUAACCUUUAAAAGUACUGUCAGUUAAAUUUGAAAUAGGCCUGAAAUCUUUGCUUAAAAUGAAUUGCUCCUGUUUUACUCAGGAUUUUUGCGUAUUGCUACUGACUUUCUUUCCUCCACAGCUAUUCUGAAUAAUAUGUAAUGUUUCAUUGUAUCCUUAACACUUUUACUUUCCCUGUGUGUAGUUAAUUUCUACAGUUUGGUGCUCCUUUAGAAUCCAUCCUCUGCAUCUAUUCAUAUGUAAAUUUUUGAUUUGCCACAUUCCAGGACCUCAAAUUGACUGUAAGUUGUUCUGUUCCUCAGUUCAGUGAUGUUCACAGAGGCAGGUAAGUGACAUAGCUAGGACCAGGUAUAAGCAGAAAGUCAGGUCUUGCAGUCGUGUAGGACCACUGCCCUUCUGGUAGACUCUGGAGCUUGAUAAGUGAAAAGGAGCUCAGAAUGUGUAAUCAGGUUCCCUGGAUCAGCAUUCAUUGUAGGAAGGAAUAAGAUGUAUGAAUUCAUUCUUUUAUAUUUUCUGUUCCUAGAAAUUGUGUAUUUUCAGCCAAUAAUAUUUUGGUUUUGUUUACUCUAUUCCUCUAUUUAUUCCUCUUUUGAAAUAAGUAAGUGAAGUGUGCCUGAUGAUAUUUACUCAGAAAGUACCUUGCUCUCCUUUCAGAGAAAGUGAAUUUUACAAAUUAAUUAUUUCCCCUACAAUUGAUUUCCUUCUGUACCAUUAAAUGACCAUUUGUAUUCUUCUAUCUUAGGUAUUAUAUUUUGUUUAAGCCCAGAUUAAUCAUUGUUGAGUUGUGUUUGAGCAGUGUUUGUUAUACUUAAAGGGACUUUGGGCUUGGGUUAACUCAUCCUGGGUCUGGAUUGACAUCCAGAACUCCAGGAAUUCUGUUGAUCUGAGCUAGUGCCUACCUUUCCAACCAAAUAAUGACUUCUGAACUAAUCCCAGGAUUUUUGUUUUUGUUUUGUUUUUAAAUUUUUUUUUUUUUCCUCUGACUCUCUGGGCUGAGAGCAGAAAUGCUGCCUUAGUGAGAGAGGUUCAGGAAGCAACAGGUUUCAUCUUUCCUUAGCCUGCCUAGCCUUUGGUGAGUUUGGGAGUGUUGACAGAGUUCUUAGCCUUCUUGGCAGAGAAGGAAGGUCAGAAGGAGAGAAGUCCACGGGCAGAGGGCCAGGUCUCUCCUUACCUCGUUAGGGAUAGCGUUGUCUGUCUGGUUGGCAGGACACACCUAAUCACAGAGCCUCAGCAUUUCAGCAGUUUGCAAAGGGAAGUGAUAUGAGGGGACAGCUGCAAGUCAGCUACAACCUAGAUAGGAGGAGGUGAAGCAUUUACUUCACUUGGAAGAAAGAGAGAAGGAAGGAAACCGAGGGCUUAGCAGGUCCCAGGUAUCAGUGGACAGCCAUGGCUCCAAGAUCCCGGCAACGAAGGCACAAGAAACCCCCUUCAUCGGUGACUCCCAUGGUUGUGACCCCACCCACAGUUGUGACCUCUGUGCCUCUGACCCUCUCAAAACCUGACCCUAGCAUUGAUGCACUUGGCUUCUUCUCCUUGGAGAAUAAUGUUCCUGGUCUAUCCCAGCUAAUCCUUCAAAAGCUAAACAUGAAAAGCUAUGAAGAAUACAAGUUGGUGCUAGAUGGGGGUGCUUCUGUAUCAGGCUUUGGAUUUCGAUGUCUUCGAGAAAUGUUCCAGAAGAUGGAGGACACAUUCCAAUUCUGUGCUCACUGUAGAGCUCUUCCUAGUGGCCUUUCAGACUCCAAGGUCCUGCGGCAGUGCAAGAGGUGCAGAAAUGUCUAUUACUGUGGUCCAGAGUGCCAGAAGUCAGACUGGCCAGAGCACAGGAAGGUUUGUCAAGAGCUGCGUCUGGUAGCUGUGGACCGUCUCAUGGAAUGGCUUCUAGUCACAGGUGCUUUUGUCCUACCUUCAGGACCUUGGCCAUGCGUGGCUGAAGUUGUACAGGGUUGGGAUACCUGGUUUUCUAUGCGGCAUUUACAGCUAGAAGCUACACUGGAUGCUGUACUAGGUAGUCAUGCCAUGAACACCCUGUGGGCCAACGUAGGACAGCCAAGGCCAGACCCAGAUGUCCUGCGGGGCUCUUUGAAGCGGCUGCUGACAGAUGCCCUAUCACGGCCCUUGACACUGGGCCUUGGGCUUCGGGCCUUGGGGAUAGAUAUUGGGAAGACUGGGGGAAGCACAGUGCAUGUGGUUGGUGCUUCCCAUGUGGAGACAUUCCUCACUCGCCCUGGGGACUACGAUGAGCUUGGCUACAUGUUUCCUGGACACCUAGGCCUCCGUGUGAUCAUGGUGGGUAUAGACGUAUCUGCUAACUUUAUACAGAGCACCUCAACUUCCCCCCUGGAACCUGGCACAGUUCAACUUAGUGGCCAUAGGGGCCUCUAUCAUGACUUCUGGGAGGAACAGGUAGAGACUGGACAGAUAGCCCAUCCAGAUUUGGUGGUGGCAUUCCAUCCAGGUUUUCAUGCUUCCCCAGAUUUGAUGGAGGCUUGGCUGCCCACCCUCCUGCUACUUCGUGAUUAUGAGAUCCCUACAUUGAUCACUGUUUACAGCCAUCAGGAGUUGGCGGCUUCUUUGCAGAUUCUGGUGGACCUGGAUACACACGUCACUGCCUAUGGAGCUAACCCUUUCGCAUCCCUCAAACCUGAACAGGUCUAUUCCAACCCCAACAAGCAACCAGUAUACUGCAGUGCCUACUAUAUCAUGUUUCUUGGAAGUUCCUGCCAGCUGGAUAGGACGCAACUGGAAGAGAAAGUAGAUGGUGGGGUUUAAAUAGCUGAGGCAGAUCCUGACCGGACUUUUAGAAAAUUGGGAGGUUGUGAUGAAAGUACCCUGCUGAUGUCAGGUUGUUGCCAACCUUGAAUCCACUAUAUUUUAAACCUUGGCGACUUGUCUAGGUAAAGAAUCUAAGCUGAAUGAGAGUUCCUAUAUGAUUUGACUCUUUUCUAAGAGAUUAGCCACAAGUAGCUUCCAGAGACAGGAUUCUAGAUUUAAUGUGUGGCAAGAAGCCCUAGAAUCACUCUCCAGAGCCUAGAAUUCCUGACAUUUUCCUUUGUGAGAAAGUUGUACCUUUUGACUUGAAUCAGAUGCUGCCAAGGAAAAGAAUGGCACCUUCUUUUUUCUGGAAAAAGACUUUCUUAUCCGGCAAUCUGGGCUGAAAAAUGGAGAGGUGUUAAUGACUUUAAGUGGUACAAGAAUAGGCAAUAGAGAAGUGGCCAGGAACAUGAGAGAGAUUGUGAGGAUUGGCAUAUUGUUCUAUUUCCUGGCCUUUUCUAAGUAAAUAUCUUAUUUUCUUCUUGCUUGGGGCCUUCUAGCCCUAGAGCAGCUUUUUGCCUUGUGUUGUAUUUAAAUAUUCCAGGGUAGGAGCACCUGGGUGUGCAGUCAUUGUUGAGUUUCUCACUCUUGAGCAUAAACUCUGCUCUGGUCACAAUCUCAGGGUCAUGGGAUUGAUCCCUGC